AUGGAUUUACUUUAUACAGUUUCUCGUAAAUUAAAUAACAAUACUAUUAAUCCUCUUAAACAAUUCGAAAGCUUAACCAGUGGUUGUUCGCUAUGUUCUAUUUCAAAUCAAAAUUUAUUGGCUUUUACAACUGUCACCACCGUAACAGAUACCACAGCAAAUUCUUGGGGAUCUCAUGUUUAUGUAGCUGAUUUAAAUUCGCCAUGGCUUGCUCACAAAGUCACAUCAAAUCUUUGUACUAUAACAGUAUUAGAAUGGGAUUUAGGAGGUGAAAAUUUAGUGAUUGCAGAUUUGAAUGGAAAGGUUCAAAUAUGGGGAAUGAAAGAACACAUAUUAAAUGAAUGGGUUUGUUACGGUUCAGCAGUAUUUCAUGGAGAAAAAAUAUUGUCAGCUGCAUUUUUUCACAAUGGCAGAAAGACAAGUUUAGUUAUAGAAAAGAAAGAUAAUUUUCAAUACAGUGAAAAGUUUAGUCAUCACAGGGUAGCACCUUCUGUAAAAAGUUUCGGUGGAAGACCUCUCGAAGGUUGCUUAGUAGUAUCUGCGACUGGAAUGGUUGGAAUAAUUGUACUUACAAAAGACUUACAAAAUUCUACAUUGCAUUCAGUUUCUGAAAGCUUAGGAACUAUGAGAAAUAGGAUUACAUCUGCCGAUAUAUGUUAUGGGAAAAAUGGUCAAUUUUUAAUAGCUGUGAGCAGCGGUAACGUCAAACUACCUAUUCAGUGUUAUAGAGUUUCUGUGAAAAAAGUUGAUGAUAAAUGUAUCAUAACUUCCCAGGCACUACCUAGUUUUUUCCUACAAAACAUUCCUGUUAAUGAAAGCAGUUGUCGUAAAAUUGUUGAAUUGAAAUUUGUCGUGAGAGAAGAUACUGAUUCUUUAGUUGUAGCUGCGAAUGGUGAAUCUGGGAGUAUAAUCGAAAUAUGGGAACUUAGGGAAAAACCUUUGCCUAUUCAUAAAUUAUUUCAAUCGAAACAUUCUGCUCCUGUUGAACCUCUUAAAACGGUGGCAAGUUUCUGUUAA